GCAUAUUAACCCUUUGCGGUCGUUGUCAUGUCUGACAUGACACCAGGCGUAGUCGUUCACGUUUACACAAAACUUUGCUUUGAGAUCGUUUGUCAUGCCCUACAUGACAAGGCAAAAAGCCGAUUCUACUCGUUGUCAUGUCUCUCAUGACACAUUUUCAAAGUCGAUUUACUCGUUAUUCAUUUAUACCAUGACAAAACCGAUAACAAAUUUGAAUUCCGCGGGAAAUUUUAUUUAGGAAUACACAUGCUUUUUUUAUGCAAGUCGUGACUUAUUUGGCAACCUUGCGAUUUUUUUGUUGAGUGCCGGUCGCGACAAAUACACGUGCAUUCUUAUUUAGUCUUAUUUGAGUAUUUGAGAGAGUUAGGUAUGCAGAUUUUGUUUGUGUUUUUUUAAUAUUUUGUAAGAUUCGGAUGUUUGUUUAUAGUUAUAAUUAUGGCGAAAAGAGCAUUAACGGACACGGAGUUAGAGGAACUAUUAUACGUAGACGAGGAGGAGUUUGACUUGGAUCAGUUUAGUUCAGAGAGUGACGAAUGGGAGGAUAUAGAUCAAAAUCUCAGUGAAAAUGAUUCUGACGAAGAGUCUGAGGAACGUGUUUAUAAUUUAAAUUUAUGGAGGCCAUGGACAGCAAAUGAACCAAGAUUUAAAAUAUUCCCUUUCUUAGAAGAUGUUGGAUACCAUCCACCACGAAAUAACCAGCCAGUGUCCGAACUAGAUUUUUUCAGUUAUUUUUAACGGACGAACUUAUACAAGCAAUUGUGGAUGAAACAAAUAGGUAUGUAUUUAAUUGUAUUAUAUUUCAAGCAAAAGAAAAAUGUGUAAAUAUAUUUUAUCACAAAAAGGUCAGUUUGGAAGUCUUGGAAACCAGUCACAUUAGAAGAAUUUAUGGCAUUUUUGGGCGUUUUACUUAAUAUGGCCUUAAAUCCAAAGACCGAACUAUCUGACUAUUUUUCUAAUAACUGGAUCGACCAUCAACCCUUUUUCAAAGAUAUUUUUUCGAGGGACAGAUUCAUGCAAAUUUUUUGGAAUCUUCACGUUUCUCCACCCGAAGAAGAGCAGAUGGGAGUGAAGAGUCGUAGCGCCAAAGUGAAAAAUGUGUUAUGGUAUCUGGAAACACAAUUCAAGAAGUUUUAUACUCCAGAUAAGAAUAUUUCUGUAGACGAAAGUACUAUUGGUUUUAAAGAUUCAAAAAAUGGUUACAUAUUUACGAUGGAGCCAUAUUUGGGAACUCAAACAACCCAGGGAUUGAUACGCCCAGAUUUACCAGCAACCGCCCGCAUAGUAGUUCAUUUGGUGCAAAAACUUCUUAAUUCUGGAACUGGUUCGGGAGGUUACCAUAUAUUUAUAGAUAGAUAUUAUUCAAGCCCUUUGUUAGCACGCGAGUUACAUAAAAUAAACAUACAUGUAACGGGUACUGUAAUGGCUAAUCGACAAGGAAUUCCGACAGAAUUAACUACCGCAUAUACAAGAAAAUUUAAAAAAGGGGAGAUAUCUUCCAGGCAUGACAAUUCUAUAUCAGUACUGGCAUGGAAAGAUAAAAGAGUUGUUCUUAUGUUAUCUAGUGUAUAUGACAACUCAGUACAAAAUAUAACCAGGCGAACGAAGACCGCUGAAGGGCGUUGGAUUGAAGAAGUCAUAGAAAAACCUACAGUUAUAUAUGAGUAUAACAAAUUUAUGGGAGGGGUUGACGUUGCUGAUCAUUAUGCAGCAAGCUACCAAUUUUUGCGAAAAACAAGUAAAUGGUGGCGAAAAGUAUUUUUCUGGUUAUUAGAUGUGUCGAUAAAUAAUGCCUUUAUAUUACAAAAAAUAGCAACAAAUAAUCAGCAACUUCGAUCGAGGAAUUUCAGGAAAAAAUUAGUUAUUCAAUUAGUUGGAAACUACAGAAAUACAUCCAGACGUCGAUCAGCUUAUGGUGCCGAGGAUAUUUCUCGUCUAAAUAAUAGGUUCCAUGCCAUUUAUGCAAGAAAAAAUAAUUCCGAUUGCAAAGUUUGCAGUGAUCGAUCAAAAAAAGGUGGCCGAAAAACUACUACCUAUUAUUGCAAAACAUGUCAAGACCACCCUGCUUUGCAUCCCGGGGAGUGCUUUGAGAAAUAUCACACCGAGGAAAAUUACAGAUAAAUACGUGUUCUUUUUUGUUUUUUUUUUUUAGAAUAAAUAUCAUGCUUUCCUAUAAACUAUAAAAUGCGUUUUAUUUUUAACUUUCUUGUUAAAAAAAAAUGUUCUAAAAGUAUAUUAAAAAGCUCUCCGAUAAAAAAAGAAAUUUGCUGCCAUUUAUUACAUGAUAUAUUACAAAUAUUUACUAAAACUUUAUUUUUUUAUUUUACUCAAUAUAUCUUUUAUACUUUCGCUAAAUUUUAAUAUUGUAAGGCAAUUAGAAUAACAAAUAACAAUAAAUAAACCUAUCAAGUCCCAUAAAAUAUAUUCGUUGCAAAUUAGCCUCCGAGCUGUACGGAGAAUCGGCGGUAAUUACCGAACGAGCGGGAUGGUUGUCAUGGUAUAGAUGACAACGAUCUGUGCUCUUAUCUGAAAGUUGCACUGCCGUCCGCAAAGGGUUAACAUUCCACUAUAGGAUUCGGCACUCGUCUUUAUUCUGAUUGGUUGAUUUGAAUAAAUCUUGAUGCCGCCAAGAAAUAACC